AUGGUGCGUGAGCUUUCUUUCGCUUGUUUGUUCUGUGUUGUGUUGUUCUCCGUGAUCGUGCAGCGUGAUUUGUGUGUGCUGUGUGGGUGUUCCGUGCUUCCUCCUUGCCGUGAUUAGAGGUACCACCUACCUGCGGUGUGUUUGCUCCUCGCUAGUUAUAAAAGGAAGGAAAGAUCAAUGCAUCAGUGCGUUGUGCUUAUGCUUAUGCUUGAAAUGCGAAGAUAAAGGUGGCGGUUUGUUGGUGACACCUGCAACAGUCCGCCCAUAUUAUCAAUUUGAUAGUGUUGUUUUAACGGAUAAGAGCAUCAAAAUCAAACCUUCUGUCUCGGAUAUCCUCCAUUUCGAAGAUGUAACGGAUACUACUACACACAAUCGGAACGAAAAGCUCCUGUUUAACAUAUUUUAAAAAGUGACAUCUCAGUGUUAAAAACAGCUUUAAAAAUACGCUCGUUAAAUUAGAAUAUCUAUUGCAUUUGUAUCGCUUUAUUGCCAGUACGUAAUUUACUAUUUCUUUUGUGCUAUUAAAAGCAGUGCUAGUUGUUUGUAGUGUAGGGUGAUUUGCAGGCGAUGGCUGCGUGUGUCGUGUAGAGUGGUGUACCAACGUGACCGACGCAUGAAGCGCUAGCAGUUGGUGUAGAGUGAACAAUAGAGGGCUAAGGGAGAAAAGGCCAAUCAAGUGCAUAGUGCGUAUUUUGGUGGUUUUGUGUAGUGUUUUUUGGGGGAGGGGAAGCAACCUAUUGGUUCAGUGAGCAGUGGAGCUACGGGGGAACCAUCAUGGGCUUCUCGUCUGCGCUGCAAGGCCGAGCGGCACACGAUGCGCUGCUCAAUCGGCAGGAAGCGGAGUUGAAGCUGCUCGAAACCAUGAAGCGGUGCCUUACACAAAAGGCAAAGUGCGACCGAGAGUAUGCGGUCUCGUUGGCGGCCGUAACCCAGCAAGGAUUGAAAAUCGAUCGCACCGAUGAUCUGCAAGGAAGCCACAUUAUGCGUGCCUGGCGGAGUUUUAUGGAAGAACUCGAGCACACUGCCAAACAAAUUCGCUCCAAUGCCGAGCAGCUGGAUACGGUUUGCCACGAGAAGCUAGCCAGCCUCUACCAGGAGAAACGCCGAGUCCGUAAGCAGUACCAGGAAGAGCACACCAAAAUUGCUACUCAGUUCAGUCAUCUCACAGAAGACGUCGCACGGAAGAAAAGCGAGUAUCAGAAGCAUUUAGACUACUACAAACUGUUGCGAGGUCGAUUCGAGGAACAUAUCAAAUCUGGUCGGUCUGGGCGAAAGCUAGACGAUGUCAUCGACAAAUAUCAGAAAGCCUGCCGAAAGCUGCACCAGGCCCACAAUGAGUACGUUCUGCUUAUCAGCGAGGCGGUCGAAGUGGAGAAAGAUUUUCGGACAACGCUACUGCCCGGUCUUCUCGAACAUCAGCAGACGCUCCAGGAAGGAUUCAUCCAGGCAUGGAGCAAUCUGCUGGCAGAAAUUGCUAAACUCAGUGACACCACAUCGGAGAAGUACGUGGAAAUACAGCGACGCAUUGAUACGAGUAUAUCGAGCAUCAACUCGACGGAGGAGUACCACGAGUUUACGGAUAAGCACAAAACAUCACCGACAACUCCAGUCGUCUUCCAGUUCGACGAAAGCCUCGUUGAAGACAGCCUCGGUAAACUCCAAGCGAACACGCUGACCGUCGACAACCUGACGGUUGAUUGGUUGCGCGGUCGCCAAGGGGAGCUUGAAGGUACGAUCAAAGAUCUGCAAGAGCGACAAGCCAAGCUGCUCGCCGAACCGAACGGAACCGGUACAUUGGCUACUAGCAGCACACCCGCUUCCAGCAGUCCGGUCAGUACACCGGGAACAAAGCCAUCCACACCGAUUCUCAAUGGUACCGGUAGCACCAGUGCAUCGGGGAAGGACUCCCAGCCGAUGACUGGCAAUAAAUCAUCGAAGGAGCUGAACAACUUGCGGUGCCAGGAACGCCAAACCAUGAAACUGGUCGAAAUGAUACGAACAGCACUGAACGAGGUUGGAUGCGAAGAGCUACCCUCCGGAUGUGACGACAUCGCGGUAGAGCACCUUAUCGAGAACAAAAAGUCUGUCAGUCAGGAUCUAUCGCUGGACUCGCAACAUAACAAUCCGUCGCUGGCGGGAGGAUUUUUCACACUGCGCACGGGUAAUGGUGGCGGUGCUAGUAGUGGAGGUGGUGGUGGUGGUGGUGGUGGUGUGAUGUCAAUGUUAAUUGACCAGUUGCGACGUAAAUCCGGCCCUCCGGGAUCGGCGAGUGGUGGCACUAGUGCGAGCACGGUAAAUGGUGUUUCUACUCCUGCUACUACUAUUACGUGUGAGCGUGUGCAAGCUUCUUUGGAUGGCUUUUCGCCGCACGCUACUAACCACUACCAGCAACAACAACAACAACAGCAACUACAGCAGCAGCUAGAUUCCUGUUCUUCAGCAAGCUUAUAUGCUGAGCUCCGUACCGUUAAUCCAGAGAUCGAUGAUGAGCAAUCCUUCCCAUAUCCCGAAAACCGUAUUUCAAACGUGUACGUAGAUAUGGAAGCGUAUCUUGGGAUGCGAGAGCUCAGCCCAGAUGAGAACAGCGAGCAUGCAUGUGCGUCGUACACUAAUAUCAACAGGGACCAACUUCCUCCCCUUCGCCAUGAGCAAGCUUCGACCACCCAACACGGCUCGCAUAGCAGUCCGGUCGAUUCCGAUCAUAAUCUCACUAACUCCCGCACCCCAUUGAUAGGAGACGAUGAUGGCGACGAAAGGCGAAAGUAUCGACGCUUACGAACUAUGGGCGACCGUAUCGAUGAUGAUGAUGAGGAUGAUGAUGACGAUGUCGCGGAGGAGUUGAACGAUUCGAAAAACAAUUUACUACGCGAAGAAAGCUAUGACGGAGAUCAAGAUCUAGGACCGACGGAAUCGGAAACCAAAUAUCUGACGAUGAGGAAACCAUCGCCCCGCGGUGAUACAUCUCGCUGGAAGUCCUCCAUUGAGCAGCAUCUGGAUGUGAUCGAUGCGUUAAACAUCAAACUGAACGAACAUCAACGCCUCUCGGCUCGUCUUUCUGAGGAUUACGAAUACAUACGAGUACAGACACUGCGCCGUGAAGCGGAGCUGAUAGCAGCAGCGGCAGCGGCAGCAGCAACAGCAUCUUCAACAACCUCCUCCGUCGUACCGCAGAAAGCAGGAGGAACACCAUUCGAAAAAGCAAAUAGCUUCCGCGAAAAGAUCAAACGGCGCAUCCGAGGUGCAAAGAGCUCGCAAGUAAGUGACCCGACAGAACCGGAAACACCGGACAAGGCGGCGAAUGUUGUCGAAAGUUUUUCCGGCCGACUGCGCACACGUAUCGCUGCUCAGCGACAGUUUCGGUUGAUGAAGGAAACGGACUCGGCCAGUCCUUCGACUGAUCGUGGUUCGGUCAGCGCUGAUCGGACCGCCAACGGCACCACUAACUCAGGUGGACGCAAGAAGAAGAAGCGUAAAUCGUCCAAAACGCACCGUGCCGUGAGGCAGCAGCUGCGGAGUGGUUUGAAGCGAGAUACCGAGAGUGAGCAAGAUGUGUACGAGCAGCCGCAGCAGCUACAGCCAGCAAACACCUUCUCCGAGGAUGAGCUGUUAGUAGAUGAACGAGCAAGAGUUGGAUCACCGGAACAGAUGGCUAAACCGGGUGCCCAAAAGUUCUCGCAAACCGUGCGCGCCACGUGGCGGGAAUUGCUUCAUUCGACGAACAAGGUGAAGGAUUCGUCAAUCAAUCUCACCACCCAGCACGAUCGUACGGAAGAAAAGUUAGAUCUUAUCACCAAUCAAGACCGGACAGGGCUGCUAGCGAUACGGUUUACCUUCUCUGAUACUGAGACACCUGAACAUCACGGAAGCCAGCGCGAUGCAGCAUCUGCGGGAGGAGAGUAUUGUGUGCCAUUACUGUUAUCGCAAUCGAAUGAAGCUACGACGACUCAGAUUCCUUCUUCCGGCGAUACCAGCCAUCCUACCAGUAGCAGCGGAAGCAGCAAGCUUGCUAUGAACCUCAAAAUCAAUCUGAAGGAAAGGCUUACCAAAUUGGUACACAAAAGAGCGUUGAUGGGUGGUGGAGGGACAGGGCCAGGUAAAAGCAACAUUAUGACGCUCCAGCAACCAUCUGGAGAAAUAUGUAGGUCCUGCUCUAAACGAAUCGUUCGCCCGGGAAGCAUACACCCGAGCCGUACGGUGUUGGAUUUCGUAAAAGAAUUUCCUGGCCUCGAUAUUUGCAACGGUGGCCACGAUGGUGAGGACGACGACGGUGGCGACUGCCACGACAACACGGCAGGCGUCGCGGGCCGUGCAGUUGAAUCGGAAAUGAUCAAUCUCGAGUAUGAAGAUAUCGAUGUGAUAACGAUUAAGCCCCACAAACUAACUGAGCAUUGCGAGGGUGAUGAUGAUAAUACUGAUGGUAUGACGUUGUCCACAAACCGGCCACUGCACGAAGAAGAAUGGUUCCACGGUGUGCUGCCGCGCGAAGAGGUGGUGCGGUUGCUGAGAAACGAAGGUGACUUCCUGGUGCGCGAGACGACACGAAACGAUGAAAGCCAAACCGUACUCAGUGUCUGUUGGAACGGUCACAAACACUUUAUCGUGCAGACGACAGCAGAAGGACACUAUCGCUUCGAAGGGCCGGCAUUUCCCAGCAUACAGGAGCUGAUCGUGCACCAGUAUCAGUCGGAACUGCCAGUGACGGGCCGGUCAGGUGCGGUGCUGCGCAAGCCGGUGUUGCGCGAGCGCUGGGAGCUGAGCAAUGAUGACGUGAUACUGCUGGACAAGAUUGGUCGGGGCAAUUUCGGCGAUGUGUACAAGGCGAAACUGAAAUCCUCUAAAAACACGCUGGUCGCCGUUAAAACUUGUCGCAUGACGCUACCGGAGGAGCAGAAGCGCAAGUUCCUGCAGGAGGGGCGCAUCUUGAAACAGUACGAUCAUCCCAACAUCGUCAAGCUGAUCGGUAUUUGCGUCCAAAAGCAACCGAUCAUGAUUGUGAUGGAGCUGGUGGCCGGUGGUUCGUUGUUGAUGUUUUUGCGCAAAAAUGCGACCACCUUGGGCCAGCGGCAGAUGAUGGGUAUGUGCCGGGAUGCGGCCGCCGGAAUGCGCUAUCUGGAGUCGAAAAACUGCAUCCACCGUGAUCUCGCCGCCCGAAACUGUCUCAUCGGGAGCGAGAACAUCGUAAAGAUUUCCGACUUUGGAAUGUCCAGGGAGGAGGAAGAGUAUAUCGUUUCUGGAGGUAUGAAGCAGAUUCCAAUCAAAUGGACUGCCCCGGAGGCGCUUAACUUUGGGAAGUACACCUCACUCUGUGACGUCUGGUCGUACGGUAUCCUGGUGUGGGAGAUCUUUAGCCGUGGCGAUACGCCUUACUCGGGAAUGAGUAAUUCGAUGGCUCGCGAGCGAAUAGACGAAGGAUACCGGAUGCCAUCACCGGAGGGCGCCCCACCGGAGAUGUACCGUCUCAUGCUCAAAUGCUGGUCGUACGAGCCCGAAAGCCGGCCACACUUUGAUGAAAUCUAUACAGUGGUCGAGGCCCUGAUUCUAUGCACUAAGGACUGACCGGAUGACCAGAGGGCGAAAAGGAUGAGGAGGUGUAGUAGGCGUCGUAUAGUAACGACAAAAACAGGUGGCAGUAGUAUUGCUGUACGUGCUUUUUGGAACGAAGGGUUUGCGAUAUUGUAGCAGUCUCUUCAAGCAGAGACUGUCUAUAGCGGUGGUUCUGUACUCGCGGUAGCCAAGUAAAUCGAAUAGCACAAAGUAAUCGCACAACUUCGAAGCGAGCAUUUUGCUAAGCAUUUGAUAGGUAGACCGCUUCCAUGGUUGUCUCUAUGGUUCCGAAUGGAAAGCAAGAAGGGCCAGGAACAGAACAAAGACGGAUGGGAACGGUGUGGAACAGAAUUAGUUAGGAUCAACGCAUAGGCUUUAAACGGCUAGGUUAGGAUUAAACGGAUUUUAAGCAGCUGCAAUAAGUAAUGGGUUUUGUUACGACGGAAUGUAUGACCAACCGAAGGCUUUACCAGACUGCAGCGCAGCUGGCAGCUCGUAUAUGCCGUUCGGAUGAGACCAGUACGAGAGUGGGCAAAACGAAGGGGGAUUUUAUGCAUGUACAGAUGCAUAUGCAAGAUGCAAUGUGUGAUAGAUAUUAGAUUGACAGGAUGAUAGAAAAAACUAAGAACGGGAGGGGAAAUGGGAGCGAGGAAGAGGAGACGCUGGAAAAGAAAUUUGGUAAUGCGAUCAUCGGAUACGACAGGAAUGCAAUAUGCUCUGCUAAAGUAGUUCUUCAUUUAACUAGCUGAAGAGAAAACAGGGGAUCACAAGUAUGCAUGUUUGAAACGGGAGUUGCAACAUCUCUUGUUUCCACUAUAGUAGGCAGGCUGGUUACUACAGCGACUAAGCCGACCCGUUUGCCUAUAAAACACUCAAAUGGUAAGGCGCUUGCAAUAUUUGAACGAAAACAAAAAAAAACAAUACCCAUGUUUUUAGUGCAUCAGUCAGCUGACUCAUAUUACGGC